ACAACCAGUUUGGACUCUGAAAAGCGAGCACGCCACCCGUGUUAUCUCCUACGCGGGCACCGCGCGCUCGAGGAGAUCUCUCGUUUACUUGGUGCCGGUGGCGUCCACGUCCUUGAUGACCAUGUCCCGUACCAGGACCCUUCGGACAGUCUUCGCGGGCAUCGUCUGCUUCGGAAUGGCGGCAUGAUGGUUCUUUUUGUGUGUGCGUGUGUGUGAUUUAGUGAAGUUGGAGUGAGUCUACGUGACUCGAGUGAGAGCGUCGUGUGUGUGCGCGUGUGUUCGUUGUGGUGGAGUUGGGACUGAAGAGAAAUCACGGACAGUCAUGGCGGGUGGCUUGUCGAGGUUGGGACGCCGGUGUUGCUGGAAUUGUGCGGUUCUCUACGGCCUCUUCCUCGGCUGGAUGUAUGCCGGACUAAGCUCUGGAGUGUCCCAGUUCUCGCCUCCAAAGUUGGACUUGGAAGGUCCCUACGUGGACAUUCCCGCAAACAGCACGCUGCGCAUCACAUGCACCGGAAGGCAUCCUCUUCUGUGGUCUCUUCCAGAAACUGGAGACAAUGUGUCUCUUCGGUCUUCCAUCACGGAGGAAAGGGUGCAAGGAUUUCGGUCUUACAAGAGCACCUUCGAACUCAACGCGACUGACGUCAUGGACCUGGGCCUCUACUCUUGCUACUACCUCGGUACCAGGGACCACACGAAUACCGGCAACGUCACAUCUAUCUAUGUCUUUGUAAAUGACGACUACUACCUCUUCCAACCGGACAAGCACCUGGAUCAACUCAUCUUCGUGUCGGUGAAACAUGGCGAGCGCAUGGUGGUGCCCUGUCUUCCGACCCACUCCAAGGCCCAGGUUCAACUCUGGAAGGCUGAGUUCGAAGACGAGCGGGAACUGGUUCCUCUUGUGCCUCAGUACGUCGAGUUCGAUCCCACGCAGGGCUUUAUAAUCUACUACCCGCACAGCUACUACUCAGGACACUUCCGCUGCAACGGCUCGGUUCCAGGCAGGACCUACGUCAGCAACGAUAUCUCGGUGGUCUUCGUGUACUUGGCUCCUGUGGACGUGGCACCAAACGUGAUGAUAGAGAAAGAGAGCAACUUCCACCCUGUGCUGAACGCCUCUUUCACGCUUAACUGCACCAUCACCGUCGAAGUGGGUGUCAUGGUCAUCAUGGCCUGGGACUAUCCGGACAAGAAUAGCUCUCGCAUCACUGUCACCAAGCCUGUCCGUCGGGACAAGCAGAUCGGAAACGAGCGCUUCGUAUUCUCCGUGAUCACGUCCCAGCUGACAGUUCACAACGUGCAACGGAGCGACGAAGGAGUUUACACGUGCUCUUGCACCGACCACGCUCCGAGGACUUACAACCGAUCUCUGUUGGUCUCUGUGUACGAAUCCGAACAGCUGGCACACGUGAACCUGACGACGGACCUAAACACGUCUCAGGUGAUGACGUCCGUGCGGGGUGGCAGCUUCAAAAUCGUGGUGACGGCGCAGGCGCACCCGAGCUUCGAAGACGUCAUCUUCAGCUGGCGCAAAGACGGACGAGAUCUCGUUGAGAACGGAGAUGUGACGCUCAUCCGCAAGGACCCUCAGGUCAUUCUGGAGAAGAAGGGCGCACACUUUGACGACAGCGGAAAGUACACGCUCUACGCACGCAUCGGGAACGCGACUUCCAAGAUCACCGUCACUGUGGACGUGGCUUCGGAGCCAAUCGUGGAAAUUUUUAACAACACGAGCGUGUACCAGCGUGGCUCCAACUACACCCUCGUGUGCAACGUCCGGGGCACCCCUCCCAUCUCGGCCCAGUGGGGCUGGAAGCAGUGCUCCGACCCUAACACAUGCGAGGAGACGGGCAUGCACGGCGUCUUCAAGGUCAUCGCGCAGGGCUUCAAGAAUGACAACGGUCCCCUGCAGGAGUUUCACGCGGGGGACAGCAGUGCCAGGAGGCGCAACGUCACCCUGAAGGUGCGCGCUAUGGAGUCUGGUGUUUAUAAAUGUCUCGCUACAAAUUCUCUUGGCACUGGGCAGGAGAAGGCGCCAUUUUACGUCACAGAUGCCAGGAACGGCUUCGAGAUCGUGGCCUCCGACACCAUGCCCGUGGAGCAGGACCACGUGAAGCUGAGUUGUCUGGCAAGCCAGUUCAUCUACGACGAAGUCAGGUGGAAGUGGAAACCCAUGGGGACCACCACGUUUUCUGAUAUCAAUGACUCGAACGGCACGGUGCAGCUGGUGAAGGCGUUCACGUCGUUCUCCCACAGUAGCACGCUGAUCUUCGACUCCGUUCUGCGGAAUCAAUCGGGAGAGUAUGAGUGCUACGCGUACGUCAAGGGAAGCAGAAAACAGCGGCGUCGGGCGUUCGUGAAAAUGACGGUGAGAGCCAUCAAGAUGCCCGAGUUCAACAAGACGAACCUCCAGGGCAGCGUCAUGAGGGACGUGGCCUACAUCGAGCUCUACUGCACCGCCACGGGAGUGCCCGAACCGAGGAUCUCGUGGAACAAGGACGGCAAACCGCUCAACAUGACGGACAUCGAGCGACUCAAUGACGGCACCUGGCUCAUCAAGCGCAAGGUGACGCCACAAGACGCGGGCAACUACCAGUGCAAGGCCGAGAACCGCGGCGGGGCCAUCUACGACAACGUCGACAUCGUUUUCACGACGGGCCUGAGCACGGCGCAAAUAGCCAUCAUCUCAGGCACGAGCAUUGCCGCUGCCAUCUUCAUCGGUAUGCUGUUCUGUCUACUCAAGAGGUGGUACGAAGACAGGAAACAAGAGAAAGAGCUCGACUUUGUGAGGAAGACGUUGUUCGACAAGGGACAGGUGGAAAUGUUCAAUCCGGACCUGCCGCUAUCUGACCAAGUGGAAUUGUUGCCAUACGACCAUCGUUGGGAGUUCCCCAAGGAUCGCCUGAAACUGGGGAGGACUCUGGGACAGGGUGCCUUUGGUCGAGUCGUCAAGGCCGAGGCUAUUGGUCUUGGAGAGCACGGACAGUCACUCACAGUGGCGGUGAAAAUGCUGAAAGAGCGCGCCGACACGGCUCAGCGUAAGGCCUUGAUGGCUGAACUCAAGAUUUUGAUUCAUCUCGGACGUCACCUGAACAUCGUCAACAUUCUAGGAGCUGUCACCAAGAAUGUGACCAAAGGCGAGCUGAUGGUGAUCGUCGAGUACUGCAAGUUCGGCAACUUGAGGCACUACCUGCUGAGGCAUCGGGAGCGCUUUGUCAAUCAGCUGAACCCGGAGACGGGCAAAGUGGACCCGGACAUGUGCUACGGACCCAACUCUCCUUCCGUUUUUAGCGUUCGCUCUGCCACCUCUCCUCUGGCCGUCUCGAACCCCGUCUAUUGUCAGCAGACGCUAAAGUACGCCGACCUCGCUCUCAGCCCCUCGCCGACGAGCCAGGGCUACGAGUUCACCUUCCCCAGUUCGCAAGAUGGGGAGGCCGGCGCCAGGACGUUCCCGCUUCCCGAGAGCGGCAACACCGCCCUCAUGAGUGGCUCCUCGCUCAGGGACCAUGGGGACUUCAGGGAUUCUGCUCUGACCACCGGCGACUUGCUCUGCUAUGCGUUCCAGUGCGCGAGAGGCAUGGAGUACCUAGCCACUAAGAAGCUGAUCCAUCGCGAUUUGGCUGCGAGAAACGUGCUGUUGACUGAGGAGAAUGUUGUCAAGAUCUGCGACUUUGGUCUGGCUAAGGAUUGCUACAAGUACUCCAACUAUGUCAAGAAGGGAGACGGUUUGCUCCCGGUGAAAUGGACUGCCAUCGAAUCCAUCAUGGACAGGGUCUUCACUACGAAGAGCGAUGUGUGGUCUUAUGGUGUCCUCCUAUGGGAAAUAUUUUCACUUGGAGGUAACCCUUACCCUGGUGUUGCUAUCGACGAAUCGUUCUACAAGAGACUGAAGAACGGCUAUCGUAUGGACAAGCCCGAUUAUGCUCCAGACGAUGUGUACGAGGUGAUGCAGUCGUGCUGGCAAGCGGAGCCCAAGGAAAGGCCCGACUUUUCAGCGUUGGUUACGAAGUUGGGCGACCUUCUGCAGGCCAGCGUUCGUGAUUACUAUAUGUCAUUGAAUGAGCCCUACAUGAACAUCAACCAACUGAUCAAGAACAACAAUGACUACCUUUCCAUGGAGAACAAGCCGGAGGCCGACUAUCUGGACAUGAAGUCCGAUGACGAGAACUACAUCAACACGAAGAACCGUGUUCCGGUAGAUGCGCCGACCAACUACGCCAACAUGGCUGGCGGAGACGCCGGGAGCAUCGAGCUUGCUCCGAUGAUCCGACGGGAGAAAACUCUAAACUCAGAAGAGGACGCGACGGGUUACUCAAACUUGCAGGGCAAGCUGAGGCUCCAGAUUCCCGAGCGGAGCAGGGAGCCAUCACCACCACGGUCGCCGGGCGGCGACUCACGGUCUGAUGACAUCGCCGACAUCAGUGCCACCCCACCACCGGCGUACAGUCUGGUUGUGAGCGUCGAAGGUGCAACUGAGGAACUUUCCGUGUUGUGAGUGUAGUGACUCGUUGCACAAAGCAAGAGAUAACGGCACCAUUUCCGAAAGACGGUGGAAGAGGAGCCUAGCUUUAUCGGCACCUGCUGGCAAUGGCUUACAAGAGCUGAAGGUCGCUGCUUUGUUCUUUUUACGGGUGAAGAGCUUACCACCUGGUUGCCUUCAACCACACCUGGUUGCCUUCAACCGUAGGAGAGGAUCUCUUGGUCUACUGGUGACUACCUGAAACUCUGAAUGCUAUCUGCAGUGUUCAGAGGGAUGAACAUGUGUCAGGCUAAUUUAGGAAAGUUACCGUACCAAUCUUGAUUACCCUGCCUUUAACUGCACCCGUGGUGCCUGCUGGUGAUGCCCUCAAUCGGUUGAAGGCUUUUAGGGUUCAUCUAGAAGAUAGGCCCCGACAAGGGUCCCAGCUUGGAGUACCCUGCUUUCGCAUCUGCACGCUGGUACCUUCUAGUGAUGCUCAGUGAGAGGUGGUUAUUCGACCAUUCAUGGUCCUCUGCUAAGUGGUGUUGACAAAUUGUAAUCUCACUUUGUGAUUUGGCAGUCUUCAACUUUCGCAGCAUGGUGCUUAUUUUGCUAUUGCAUCGUGGAUUUUAUCUAAUCGUCUUUCACUGAAGGAGUCACUUGGAGGUCACAGCUCGAGGAAGCAUCUAGAGAAAAAACAGGGGGAAGGGGGGGGGGGGGGUGCACAACGAGAUUUUUGUACCGACUGGAUGAAGUCACAAUGUCGGUAUUUAUUAUACAUGCCUGGCACAUUGAGUAGGGCUUAUGGUACAAUGGAAUGCUUUGCCUGCGGCACCAAAAUAAUGUUUGUACCACGGGACAUUCCGCAGUUGAGACCAAAUAAGUCAGAUCUUACUGCAUUUAUUACAUGCUCUCUUUCAUAGUAUGGACACUGUGAAAGUAUCUGAUUUGACUCGUGUGGAGACGGUGUUGAGCGUUCGGCACCUCGAUCUCCCGAUGGUGUUGUACAAGGAUCUGUGUAGAGACAGCCUCUAACCACAGUGGGCAACUCGUAGAGGUUGAAACUUACUCAAGAGAGGCGUGAAGUAGAACGAAUGGUACGCUCUGAAUGACUCAGCAAUGUUAGAAACUGAUCGUUACGUUUUUGUUGCGUAAGAAUAGUAGAAGACAUUGCGCAGUUUAGACGGAAGUAUAAUCUUCGGUUGACAAUGUGUUUCCUUGAAGGAACUAGCCGAAGACACCCCGACAAAGUGCAAAGGACUCGUAUGGGUGUUUCGUCUGUAUUUUUGUAAACUAUUUCAUGUGACAUACGUGUGCGGACUUUUGUGGCUGUCGUGUUGUUUAUGUUGUGGUUACACCAUUGACAUACAGUCCUAAAGCAGAAAAACAUAUUGUUUUAUUUGAAGAUGCCGCUGUGUUCAACAAGGCGGUGCGGAUACUUGCUUACUGGAAGUAUUUUUUUUUUCUGAAAUAUGUCCACUGAAUGAAUUGUUGGGGUGUACAAAUCGGAUGCACAAAUUUGCCCAGCUAUAGGAUAAUAGCUUAGACCUGACAGUAUAAGGAAUGUCAUUUGUCAGGUGAAGUGGGCAAGAGCAGUUGCGCGCUGGAGAAGGGAAAGAGGAAGCUGAUUGGGAAUACACCUGAAAGAACUAACGAACAUGUAGAAAGGUAAAAACCGUAGUAUCUACGUGAGCUCUCUGUUAGCAACUCUUGUCUUUGCAUAUCUGCGCGUAGCACCACAGAACGUUAGCUCCUUGUAAGCAUUACUUUUCGCAAGGACAGAGCAAAACAUUGUCAAACCCUCAUUUUAUUUCUAGUGUUUGCUAGUCAUUGUACAGUUUGUUCGUGAAGGGAAGAAAGAAGAUGGAUCUAAAGUCUGACAUGAGAAGUAUAAAGUGUUUUGUACAUACGUGUUUGUAAUUUACGCGAGUUACUAAUAUCUCCAUUUGAAGUAUUAUUUCUCUAUAUUUUUCCAUCGCCUUCUUUCGCAAAGUUUUAAAGUUCAGUUACAUGUCUGCGAUGGUUCUUCCUCGUUUAAUUUGUGAGCAAAUAAAGCUAUUGCAAAGCAA